AUGAUUAUCACCUUCAUAUUCGAUCUCGUGCGCAGUCUGGUCAAUGGGAUUCUCCAUCUUCUAAACGCCGCGAUGGGCUUCAUAUCGAGGAUCCUCGGGCUCUCAAAGCGGGCCCCGAAGCUCGUCCAAUGCAGCCACCACCCGGAGCCGACACUGGCCUGUCCAAAGUGCGCCGAAGAGCAGGCCCGGGCGAGAAAGUAUAUGUGGAAGAUCAUCAUAGGCCUCAUGCUCCCCUUUGCUCUCCAAUCUCUGGAUACUACCAUGUAA